AUGGCCUAUUCACUUCUUUCAGAUUUGGAUACUACAAGGGAUGACUGGUUGGUUAAGGUACGAGUUUGCCGGAUGUGGGAAUUUAAAAACUACAAGAGAAGCAAAGAGAUGAUAAGUCUAGACAUGAUACUUAUUGACGAAAAGGGAACUUUGGUACAUGCGGUAAUCUGGAAGAAUCAAGUCAACCGGUUUCGUGCUAAUUUAGCCGAAGGCUCUGUGAUCAUUAUCAGGAACUUUAAGGAUGAUACUGUUAAUAUCCCUAAAAAUGGCUUCCAGUUUAUUCGGCCAAACAUUGUUCGCUCAAGGGUCAAUAACAACACCUACCUAUCAGGUGAUCUAGAGAGUGUUGGUUCAAAGUGGAAAAAACGAGACCUUCACAUUCUUACUGAUCCCGAGGAUAGGUCUGCCAAAGACAAAAUAACCCUUUGGGAGGAUUACGGUGAAGGAUUUUACCCAUACUUAUUCCCCCCUGAAUCCGGUCCAUACAUUGUCAUUGUUACGGCAACAACAGUGAAGGAAUUCAGAGGUGAAAUUACUUUUUCCACCACAGCAGCAACCAAAACGUAUGUGAAUCUUCAAAUGGACCACAUCACCUCAUUGAUUCAAAAGUUUGCAAUCGAACCCGUUCACAUACAAACAAUUGAGAGUGGUAAUGGAAGUAACAUACCUAUUGCGGAGGCAAUGUUCCAGAGCUGGAUGACUAUUACUGAGUUGUUGGAUUCGGACUGGAGUUAUGACAUAGAGGAAUGUUUUGUUACAUUGCGUGCUCAGAUCAGUCAAAUAGAUACCUACUUUGGUUGGCACUACAUAUCGUACAACUUAUGCAACAAAAAAAUAGAACCUAAAGAUGGCGUCUACACCUGCAAUAAGUGCGGAAAAGAAUGUGACUUCCCGUUGGUUAGGUACAAGAUACACAUUAAGGUAAAAGACAACGGAGGGAAGACAACUUUGGUUCUUUUUAAUGGGGUUGCGGAAAAGUUGCUCGAUACUUUGGCUUCUAAGUUGGUAAAUCAAAUAUCCAAAGGUGAUACACAUGUUCCAUCUCUAAUUGAGAGCCUCUGCGGCAAGGAUUUUGUAUUCAAGCUUAAAUUGACCAACUUCAAUUUGAAAAAGGGGCUAGAAAAUUAUAUUGUUACACAAGUGUUUGUGCCGGAUGAAGAAUUGGAAUUGCAACACCGCAUUAACAAAGAGAAAAAGAAAAAACUCAAAAUGGAAGCGAUGCAGAACUCACAUGUGCAAAAGUCAGGAGGUUCACACACCAACUCAGAAGAACAUCCGGACGACGGGGAAGGGACUUCCAAUAGCAACACAAGAGUUUAUGCAAGAAGGCUGAUAAAGAAAAGGAAGCACUUGAUACACCUCGAUGGAGAAAGUGAUGGAGACACAUAA